AUCAUGGCCUUUCUAAACUCAGAGUAAGUUCUCCACGAUUACAGAUUACCCCUUGACGUCAGGAUAACAUGCUUAUUGAUUAGACAACAGUCGGACGCACGGUCGUCAUUCUCUCAAAGUGACAUCUUUCAUGUCGGGGAACCCUUCAGUUAUGAAGUUCAAAAACGGGAUCCAGUACCUCCUCUGACAGGCGACCCGGGGCGCGGUAUAUUCGGAAGCCCCCAUACUUCGGACCUUGUCUUGAUCAUUUCCGCGGCCACGGCGGCACUCUCUUUCGUCUUUGUCGUGAUGAUAUCCAUAUAUCUCUGCAUUGACAAGAGAAGAAGUCAGGUGUCCGUGAGUGAUCCCAGGGACGACAGCCGGAGCUCCAUUUGGGGAACAUCAGAAUCUCAUGCUGAUCCAUUUAGCUUCAAACCGCCCCCAGAAGACUCUACAUCGCCAUCCUCCGGCAGCGACUCUCAGCUCCACGCCCCCGGCUUUUCAGCCAUCGAACGUUCAAUCUCACAUCCCCCUCGCAAUUCUGAGGAGAUAUCACUGUCUCUCCGACGCCAAGAAAAUGGACCUGUACCAUAUUCAUCGUCCGAAAGCAGGCCAAGGGGGAUGCAUGAGAUCACGACGGAUAUAACGUAUCCUUUGCGUGCGUUGCCAUCCCCCACUACCAACUCUCAGGCUUAUGCGUACGCACUCGGUCCUGAAGCCACGGAACACUCGAUUUCCUCUUCUUCCUACAUCCCCGAGGAGAUGCUACCGCCACGUCGUAUCCCCCGAAAUCGCGCUGUUGCCCACCCACCGGCUAGAAACAGCCUAGGGGGAUUUUAUGAGUUCUUAACGAACUUGAAGGAGUCUUUACCAGAAGACGACUCAAUGGUGUUUACUGAGCACGUUGUGAAGUUACAUGAUCAUAUCGGGUACUUGAAGAGUCAGCUGGAAUUAGCACGGGCGCUUGGCUACAGGUCCCCGCUUCCUUCUCCUGGAAGCGGAGGUGAAAACAGGUUUCCCGACUUUAAUUACUCGGUCCCGGGAAGCAUCCUUGCGCCCUCCAGGAGGUCAUCGUUUUUUUAUUAGUGUUGCAGCUUUAUUUAAUAAGAUACCACAACUUUGACGCGGCCAUGGCUUCUGUAUUGCAGAGGAAGAAUAUGCGAUCACCCUCGAACCCUCUCUUUUAUGCUUGAUGUUGGUGAAUUUUCUACGUACAGACGUUCCGAAAAACCUUGUCCACACUGCCAAAAAGGGCAGGUAAAAUCAAAAAAUCAGAUAAAUACAAGAAAA